UUUUUUUCCGCUCUCCCCAGCUCCUCCCGGCUUCUCGAGCCCGGAGGCAGCUCCCACCGCUGUCCCGGCCAGGUGCUCCGCGACCGGCGGGCGCCUCCUCCCUGCCCAUUCCGGCGACCGGGGCGGCUCCGCGUUCCUCCUGCCUCUCGGCACCGUCUCCCCCGCCGCCAGGGACCCGCUCGGCUCCCGGGGAUGCUGCCCCCAACUCCCCGCACGCCGCCUGACUCCGCCGCCGCCGCACCGCACGCCGCUCCGCUGCCACCUGCAGCAGCCCCGCUCCCCUCCGCACCUCGGCGGAAGGAAUAAAAGCUCUCAGACCGUCCCGACCCGCCCGAAGGCAGCCGGGUUGGGUCGGGUCCCCGGCGGCAGGAGCCUCGCUGCCCUCCCUCCCCUCACGGUGCGGAUGGGAGCGCUGCCGCCGCCCGUUUUCCCACGCUCCCGCCGCGCCGCUUGAAGAAACUUGGGACGGCGGCGGCCUCCGCCUCCCCGCCGCGCCCCGCAAGGGCUGCGGGCGACCCUUCCGAUCCCCGCCGCCGCGGGACCCCGGCUCCCUUUCCGCGGCGGGGACUCCCCUGCUCCUGGCCUCGGUGCUGGGGAGGAGCGGGGGUACCCUGGAUGGCCCUGCGCACUGGGACGGCUUGGUUUGGGCAGGUCCUGCGCAGAGUUUCCCGGCUCCAGGGCACCUGGUCCCGGCGCUCCAGCAGCCUCCUGUGCCUCUCCUCUUCCCAGGAGCCCGAGCAGGCGGGCGGAGAGCGGCCGCCGCCGCAGAACGAGCUGCCCCGCCGCCAGCCCCCCCGGCAGCUGCCCCACUGCUGCGGCUGCUGCGGCUCGUCGGAUCCCCGGGCGGCCAGGGGGGGACAUGGUCCCCUCACUCGCCCCUUGCUGGCGGCCAUGAAGAGGCAGAACGUGCGGACCCUGUCCCUCAUAAUCUGCACGUUCACCUACCUGCUGGUCGGGGCCGCCGUCUUUGAUGCCCUGGAGUCCGACAACGAGAUGCGGGAGGAGGAAAAACUCAAAGCCGAGGAGAUCCGGCUCAAAGGAAAGUACAACAUCACCAGCGAGGACUACCGACAGCUGGAGUUGGUGAUCAUGCAGUCCGAGCCGCACCGAGCCGGCGUCCAGUGGAAAUUCGCCGGCUCCUUCUACUUUGCCAUCACGGUCAUCACGACCAUCGGUUAUGGACAUGCUGCCCCAGGGACGGAUGCAGGGAAGGCCUUUUGCAUGUUCUACGCAGUCCUGGGGAUCCCACUGACACUCGUCAUGUUCCAGAGCCUGGGCGAGCGCAUGAACACCUUUGUCAAGUACCUCUUGAAACGCAUCAAAAAGUGCUGUGGGAUGAGGAGCACUGAAGUCUCCAUGGAAAACAUGGUCACUGUGGGUUUCUUCUCCUGCAUGGGAACACUCUGCAUUGGAGCAGCAGCCUUUUCCCAGUACGAGGAAUGGAGCUUUUUCCACGCUUACUAUUACUGCUUUAUAACAUUGACUACUAUAGGGUUUGGAGACUAUGUGGCCCUGCAGACCAAAGGGGCCCUUCAAAAGAAGCCUCUCUAUGUGGCUUUUAGCUUUAUGUACAUUCUAGUGGGGUUGACAGUCAUUGGGGCAUUUCUAAAUCUGGUUGUUCUCAGGUUCUUAACCAUGAACAGUGAGGACGAGAGACGGGAUGCUGAGGAACGGGCGUCCCUGGCAGGGAACCGCAACAGCAUGAUUAUCCACAUCCAAGAGGACUCCCAGCAUGGUCGGCCACGGUACAAGGCCGAAGUAACAGACCUUCAGUCAGUUUGUUCCUGCAUGUGUUACAGGUCCCAUGAGUACACCAGCCGGGUGGUGUCCCACCAAAAUUCGUUCAGCUCAAAGCUGAACCCCCAGUACUUUCACUCCAUUUCUUACAAAAUAGAGGAGAUCUCGCCAAGCACAUUAAAAAACAGCCUUUUCCCAUCUCCUGUCAGCUCCAUCUCACCUGGGUUGCACAGCUUUACAGAUAACCACAGGCUGAUGAAAAGGCGAAAGUCCAUUUAAAGGGAUUUGCCUUCUUUGCUUUCCUUGUUUUCCCCAGUUCUUCUCUGUUGUUUUGGGUUUAUUUUGUUCCUUAAGUGAGACGGAGUGAGGCCAAAGGGAGUAGAGAAAGCCAGUCCUCCUCUGAGACUCAGCUCUUGAGCAUGAAGCAUGGAUUAUUACUGUUCCAGCAAAGUAUGCCUUACAUUACCCCCUCGGUGGAUGUCAGAGGAUUCAAGGUGACGUGAAGUGGGUACCAAAUCCAAAGUUGCACACACAGCUGGGAGCCUUCAUGUGCCACUGGCACUCCUGACCUAAUAAACUAUGUUCCUCAUGAGCAGUUUGCAGCGUGCGUGCGUGCUUGUGUGCGUGUUGGAUGUGUGUGCGUGUGUAUGUACGGGCAAUUCCACAACUAGUGCCAUGUGACAAAAAUUAAUGCAUCAGGUAUUACUUUUUUCUUUUUCCCUUGAAGCAAUUGUGUUCCA